UAGAGAAGCACCGUUGUUCGCUUUGAUAUACUGUUGCCAUGACGAUAAACAACUUAAACGAAAGCGAUAUUUUCAGAAGGAGCCAGUUUUCUUCGUUCUCGGUUGUCCUGUCAUAAAGAUCUCUGACACGUUUACAAAAAAAAAAAAAUAAUAAAAGAUGGAUUCACGAGCCAGUGAGACAAUGUCAUUUUUCGUCGAUGUCGUUACCGAAGAUUCAUUCUACGAAAACCUAACUUUAGGUGUCGUCAAGAUUCUCGAAAAUUCACCAUGCGUUAAAAACGUUCGCGUCAACAGACGAAACGGUUGCGAACGAAACGCCAUUGUGAAUUGGGAGCAACGACACGGCUGCGUGUUACCAGAAGACGUGAAGAAUUUCUAUGCCUCGAUCGAUGGUUUUCUACUACAGUGGAAUCUCGAGAUAGCAGGCGAGGAAUUUCCGGUAGGGCGAAUGGAGAUAGGCAAGCUGUCGUCCCUAAAACGUUACCUCGGCGUUGGGAAGGAUCGACAAAGCGGAACGACGACGAGUCUGGCCUCGGAGGAAGGAGGGGACAUCGAACCGGAAGUUGAGAUACUCGUAGGGAGUACCGAGGACGUUGUUGCCGGUAACUCGAAGAUUCACACGGUUAAUCCUCGCGGUUCGAAACUCUUCGAGAUAGCUCGAUGCUUUCCCACAACUUUAGAUGCGAGGGUGUAUUUGGUAUAUACAAAUAAAGCUGAACAAACGUCGCCUGAAAUUUGGCUUCAUCAGGAAACUGCAGAUCGAUGGUAUCAUCUGGCUGAGGAUUUCACCAAAUACUUUCGUAUGAUGUUGGUCCAUCUUGGUUUACCUCUUUGGCAAUGUUGUGUCGUUGGCUUGCCUCUGCCAACCUGGGUCGAGCAAGUCUAUUUCUUGGUCGGGCCUCAUCUCCUGCCAAAUAUAAUAGAACCAACGGAAACAAUUUCUAGUAGUCUCUGGAACAAUGGUCCUACCAAUCUACUCGAUCCAAAUAUUUUCAAGGGUAAGGAGAAUAAGCAAAGGAACCCGAGAAAGAAGUGAUUUCUUCGUAGUCAUUGCCGUUCCCGCCCUUCUGAUCAUCGUGAUAAAUCUUUCUCUUUCCUGAGAGAGAAAUAGGAAAAAAAUUACAAAAAUAAAAAUUUAAAAAAGAGAGAAAGAGAGAAGAAAAAGGAAGAAGGAUAUCCUGGCGAUCCGUCAAACGUACGAACCUCCACAUUUCCUCGGUAGAAAAUGAAGGAGUCGUGCACGCGUAAAAGUGUCUUAGGAACGAAGAUGAAAAGGAGUAUCAUGGGGGAGAAAGUAAAAGGUGACAUUUUAAAAUAUCAGCAUCUCGUUUCUUUCCUACUCGAAAAAAUAAUUCCUACGAGUACGAGGGAGAAGAGGAAAAGGAAACUUCCGAUAUCAUCCAUAACUUUUCAGAAAAUAGCACUGGCUAUAUCACUUGGGAUAUAUUGAAAUUGAAUUGGCACACGAUCUCUUCCUCUAUCUCUUUCCCUCUAUCUCUGUCUCUCUCUCUCUCUCUCUUUCUCUUUCUCUUUUUAUUUUGCUUUCCGCGUUCUCAUUUAACGCGCGUCAUUACGGAUUAGCUCGUUAAAUCCGCUUUAAAUCAUCGUAUACCAGUCUAAAAGAAUUGGAACACGCAUAAAAUUAAUCAAAAGAAUUUAACGUUCGGAAUAUUCGAGUAUUCGUUCGGUUUGAAAAGUUCGAAAGUUCAAGCGAUAAAAGCCAAUAAAAUUUCUCGUGUAAUUUAUUAUUGAAUCCGAUAUACCAUCUAUACAUUAUUUUAUGUUUUUUUCCUUCUUCCUUUCUUUUGCGAAAAUAUCAUUACGAAUAGAAAGAAGAGAUAGGAUUCGAGCCAGGACAUAAUCCUGUUUUGUCACGUUUGCGUAGAAAAAUAAAAUGGAUAUAAAGGGGCGAAGAAGGACAAGGAAAAGACAAAAAAACAGAAGACAAAAAUAAAAAUAAAAGA